AUGGAUGUGGCACCUGAAGAGCUUCCUGGACUUUAUUCUUGGGUUGACGGGAUUCCGUUGUCAAGGCCGAAGAGAAACAUCGCUCGGGAUUUCAGCGAUGGAGUAUUAGCGGCAGAAGUUGUAGCACAUUAUUGCCCACGGCUUGUGGAUAUUCACAAUUACAGUGCUGCCAACAGUCUUGCUCAGAAGAUUUACAACUGGAACACUCUCAACAACAAGGUUUUUAGACGUUUAAGCUUUUCCUUAACCAAGGAAGACGUCGAGGCAGUCGCAAAUGCUGAAAACCAAAUGAUCGAAAGAAUACUUAAGCUUUUGAAAUAUAAGAUUGCCAAGUACAGGCCGAUUAAAACAGAGUCAAUGAAGCACGAGCCUAACGGUCAUGGUAUGAUGGAGAAAUUUGUACAGAGCCCGAAAAGGACAGAUUCUCCAGAGAGACAGGAAAAGGAUGGGAUGAAUGAAUCCCAAAAGGAUAUUCAACUCCGAGAGCUCCGGGAGACAAUCGAGUUGUUAGAAGCCAAAGUUAUGAAGCUGGAGCAGCUUGUGAGCCUCAAAGACCACAAGAUUCAAGUCAUGCAAACAUUUACUUGCAAAAGGUGUUCGAAGAGGCUAGCUGUCUUUUGCCCUCCGUGGGUGGGACAUGGGGCACGGCAAGCGGUUGUGACCAGGAAUGGGGACCACGUAGACGAAUGUUUAGGGUUCUUGGCGAAAGCGAGUCUUGGCAGGUCGGGCAUGGAUUUUAAGGAGGUUGGAGGGCGAAGGGUGGAGGGAUGA